CGCCAAUAAACAUACCGCCACAAUCUCCUUCUACAUAAACAGCCCUAAUCCUCUAUCUCAAUCUCAAUCUCUCAUUCAUCAUCCUCUUUUUUCAAUCUCGUUUAAAAUUAACAUAAUGAUGACGCCAGUGAAGAAAAGUAUCGCCAUUAGACCGGUGUCGUUCUACGGAAACGGGCUUCCUCGUCCUCGUUUCUUCGAUAAUCCUAAGUUCAAUGAUUACCGUGUUGAUCCUCCCCUCUCUGUGCUAGAUCCUCUUCUCUCAUGGGCGAGAGACGCUCACUGGUCAAUGGGUGGUCUCAACUUCACGCGUCUCCGUCUCCAAGGCCGGAUCGAAGGAAACGUCAACAAGCUCCGUGCACAGCUUGAGAAAUCCACCCCUGUGAAACUCGAAUCUGGAAGGAAGAAGAAGAGAUCUGGUUCUGAGUCUCCUCCUUCUGCUCCGAUUGUGGUGAAACGAAGGAGGUACUUAGAUCUGAACGAUUCUGAUGAUGAGGAAGUCGGAUCUGAAGAUGAAGGUGUGGUUAGAAUCAGGAGAAAACUCUCUGAUGAUUUUGAUAGAGUCGCUGAAGAAAGCAAGACUAAACUUGUUGAAGCUAACAAGAAAUCGAUUAAAUCUGAGUUUGUGGAGAAGAAGAGAUUGAUUGAGAAGAAGAAGAUCGUAAAAGUUAACAAGACAAGUUCAACGAGGUCAUCUCCAAGACUGGCUAAGCGUAGCUCUAAUUAGUUUUCAUAUUUAGUCUCUUCAAUAAUUUCUCUUAGGGUUUAGAAUUGUUGAGUACUUAGUUUGUUUUUUUGUAUUUGUGCUUAUAAAUAUGGAUUUAUCUAUGAACUCUGACCAAUGAACUUGAAUGCAUCAAGAUAUUUUUACUC